CCAAUCUGAUUCUACUGACUGUAUGUCCGCCGUUUCGGGCGUAUGCCCUUUUGACAAGCAUUCGCAUUCAGAGUCUAUCCGAUUACGCACAUCACGCUUGACGAGGACACGACUUUUACCGACGACGGACGGAUAACGAAGUCGAUCAAUCAAACACUCUUCAGAUUUUAUAUCCACACAUGUUGUUCGCUCCGCUUAUCAUCAUUCAUUAUUAACCACGACAGAAGCGUUUCUUAUUCCAUCUACGUUAUUCUCAACUUUCAAACCUCCAAAUCCCAAUUCACUCACAUCAUCUUCCGCUCUCUUGCCUCCCCUCUCUCUGCAUUCAUGCCCACUAUGGCGUCACCGGCCAAACAGGCCACACCCAAGUUUGCCAUAACCCCUAUCAAAACUGCUGUCCAGCCUUGUGUAUCCGUGAUAAAUCCCAUAGCCAACUUGAGCCCGCGAGGCAAAGGGGAGGAUGAGCCCGGGCCUUCGAGGUUGCUGAGAUAUACAAAUAAGCAUAAUGAUACGGGUGGAGAAGGAGAUCGACGUCUCUCUGAGGCAGACGCAGAUGUGGGAGUGGAAAAUACCAUUGGCGGCGGAAAAGAGCAAUACAAGGAGGAAAAGACGAGACGAUCACCAGUCAAGAUGUUAUCAGCCCAUACCCCUCUCAAAGGCCCUGAAACGGUUCUGUGCACGAUAGUAGGUAUACCGGAAAUUGGCCGUGCGAAUGGUCAUGAGUUGAGGGGGUUGGAAAAGGGGUUGGACAGGAUGUACGCUAGUCACGAUAGAGCGGCGGCUGAACGAAAGAAGCCUUUAACGCAAACACCAAAAAGGAGAAAUGCUCAAAGAGAGAGGACAGGAAUGAGGCCCAUAUCGUCAAGUACGUUUGAUACGGUAGAAAGAAGGACCGGUGGAGAUGAUUGGGAUGAUGUUUUCACAGAGAUAGUUACACCCUCGACUACAAUGGGACAUACAAGUACUUGCACGUCUCGCUUAUUUCAGUACAGCAAUUUUGAUGCUCUUUCCGAAUGCGAUUUUUCGUCGAGUCUUUCCAACGCACUAUCCACAUCGUCCACGUCACCUCGAAAUCACUUGGUUGUCAGAAAGAACCUAUCAUUUCCGUUUGAUGCGUUUACGGACGAAGAUAAAGUGGACGAGGAGGUGGAGGUGGAGGAAGUGGAGGAGAGAGUGACCGCAAGAAUCGAAGAUCAAGAAAGCAAAGGGGAAGAAGAGAGUAGUGAGAUGUGUAGCAAGAUAGAUGACCUUUCCGCAAGGAUACAAGCGAUGAUCAUUCAAGGCCUGUCCGCUCUGCACGCCCCAUUACCUGGUAUUGACCCCGAUCCCGACGUCGGUCUUGCCCGUCGGGCUGCGCAUUCACAUCCGCAUGCGCAUGAGCAGGCGCAAGUGCCAGAAGAUGAAAGAGAAGAAGAUGUAUCGCAAAAGUGGAUUCGAAAUUUGUCCGAGGAAGAAGAUCUAUCGUGGGAAGAGCUGAAUUUGCGUUUGAGAGAUAAUAAUAGCAGUCAUAGCCGGCGGCAGAGAUCUGGACGGAAAAAUAAGAAGAGAGAUAGGCAGCAUCGAAAGCCUACAUUUACCGGGGAACGGGGUGACGGAGGGAGUGAGCUGCAGACUCAUGUUGUUCGAUGCAGAAGUGGCAGUGUGCUUGUGCAUGGUAUGGAUGUGCUUGUGCUGUGAGCUGUGUAAAAUAACUGUUGUAUGCAUAUAUAUUAU